AUGAAUUAAGGCAUAUUCACUUUAUUGUUUCCAUCUAAACCUAAACAAACAUCUGAAAAUUGUUCUGUACCAAUCUAUGUAGAUACUAGCUUUACUAGUAAAAUAAAAAUUGAAAUCAAAUAAAAUAUGUUAAUUAGUGAUAUUUUUAAAUUCAUUCAUGAAGAUGAUGAUAAAUAAAAUUUAUAUCUUGUUUUGAUCCAUUAUUCUGUAUAAAGAAGACUGUAGGAUUAUGAAAAAGUAGAAGAUGUUUUACAUAAUAAUAAUAGCAAAUUUGUUAUAUAUGAUUUUUAGAAAAAAUAACAGAUAUAAGGGUAAAAGUAUCCUAAAUAUUUUGGUAUUUAUAUUAUAUUAAUAAAGAUGAUAAUUUUAAAGCCUAUGGUAUUUAGAGAAAAUUAAAUUGAGCUGUUUAGAUAAAGUUAGACUCUAUAAUUGGUAGAAUAAUACCAAAUUUGAUUUCUAAAUUGAAAACGAAAGUAAAUUAUACUUUUUCUAAGCACUAAAAGAAACUGAUUUUGAUUAUUGGUUAAGAACUAUUUAGGAGUCACUGAAUGCAGCUACAUAUAAAUCUUUGCUUUAUGAAAUGGAUAUCAAAGUGUAAAUAGCAACAAGAACUUAAAUUAAUAGUAUUGAAGAAUUCGCUUAAGAUUCAUUUCAAUAAAUUUAAAUUAAUGGAGGAUAUUUAAAAUAACUAAAAAUCUUAAAUUACUGAUAUUUGUGAUGUUAACAUCUUGGAAUUUCUUUUGACAAAAAAUAAAGAUUUUAUAAGAGAAAUUCGCAAAUAAAUUGAAAAAGAUACUUAUUGUUUAGUAAAACCUCUAGAAUCUCAAUCUUAAGUAGAACCUUUAAGAAUUUUUACAUAAAGAUAUCAUUCAUUAAUUAAGAAAGAUUGCGAUUUAGAUUAAAUAAUUGAAGAUUUAAAUGAUGAGAUUACUUCGGCUUAUUUGGGUUUUUUAAAAAUCUAAAAGAUAAGAACUAAAAUAAUUCAAUAAGCUAGAGUUUAAUUUAAAGAAUAAUUUUCAUAAUUCAAUCCCUCUUUUGAUUAAUUUUAUAAUUGA